CGCCGCCUCAGGAUGUUGGGGAUCCUCAAGGUCUCUGAGAUUCCGGCUCUUACCUUCGCGAUCCUGCGGGGCGUGCCUCUGAGGUGACCAGGGCUGAACGGAGUUGCUGUCCCCGCAGUGAGCCAGAGUGCGAAGGGUUAACCUACCUGGGCCGCCGCCCCUGCGGCCCCUCCUCCAGCCGCAGGGAAAAAGAAAGUCUCAGCGGGGGCGCGGCUCGGCCUCGUCCCGCCGUCCCCAGCCGCGGCGCCCAGAGCUGUGAUCCGUGCGCUCCGCUCAGCUGCCCUGGACCGGGCCGCCAUGUCUCUGUGGAAGAAAACCCUCUACAAAAGUGUAUGCCUGGCUCUGGCCCUCCUUGUGGCUGUCACUGUAUUCCAGCGCAGUGUGACCCCUGGUCAAUUCCUUCAGGAUCCUCUACCACCCACACUGGGGCCACCCAAAACUGGAAAUCUGGUCAACAGCUUCUGGAAGAGUCCAAAGGAUGUAGCAGCUCCCACCCCCACAGUUCCUCGGAGACCCCAGGUCUGGGAUGUGAUUACCACUAACUGUUCUAUCAACAUCAACCUGACCCAUCAGUCCUGGUUCCAGAGUCUGGAGCCACACUUCCGACAGUUCCUGGCCUACCGGCACUGCCGUUAUUUCCCCAUGUUGCUGAACCACCCAGAGAAGUGUGACAGCGAUGUCUAUCUGCUGGUGGUAGUCAAGUCAGUCAUUACACAGCAUGACCGCAGAGAGGUCAUUCGUCAGACCUGGGGCCAUGAAUGGGAGUCAGCAGGUCGGGGCAGGGGCGCCGUGCGGACUCUCUUCCUGCUCGGUACAGCCUCCAAGCAAGAGGAGCGAACCCACUACCAACAGCUGCUGGCCUAUGAGGACCGUCUCUAUGGUGACAUCCUACAAUGGGACUUCCUUGACAGCUUCUUCAACCUGACCCUUAAGGAGAUUCACUUCCUUAAGUGGCUUGACAUUUACUGUCCCAAUGUCCCCUUCAUUUUCAAAGGUGACGAUGACGUCUUUGUCAACCCCACCAACCUGCUCGAAUUUCUGUCUGACCGGCAGCCUCGGGAAAACCUAUUUGUAGGUGAUGUUCUGAAACAUGCUCGGCCCAUCCGCAAAAAAGAUAACAAAUACUAUAUCCCCUCGGUCAUGUAUAGCAAGGCCACCUACCCACCCUAUGCUGGUGGCGGGGGGUUCCUCAUGUCUGGCAGCCUAGCUCGGCAACUCCACCAUGCCUGUGACACACUGGAACUCUUCCCUAUUGAUGACGUCUUCCUGGGCAUGUGCUUGGAGUUGCUGGGAGUGAAACCCACAGGCCACGAGGGCUUCAAGACCUUUGGCAUCUCUCGAGUCCGAGGUAGCCGAAUGAACAAGGAACCGUGCUUCUAUCGGUCCAUGCUUGUGGUACACAAGCUGCUGCCUGCCGAGCUGCUGGCCAUGUGGGAUCUGGUGCAUAGCAAUCUUACCUGUUCUCUCAAGUUCCAGGUGCUCUAAUGCUGCUGGGCCACCACUGCAUUUGUCCUCGAGUCCUUGGGGUCCUAGGACUGGAGAUACAUGGCAUAGUCUUUGGUCCCCUGCAAGAGGUGAAGGGUUUGGCCCCUCUGUGCCCCUAGGUGUGGUGGGGUACAGAGAGCCAGAGAGGAACUCCCAGAAAUUCCCAGAAAGAGGUCCAGGAAUUGCCAGAACUUCCCUGACUGGAGGUUAUCUGAGGACCUGGAUCUCUCCUAGCAGGGCCUCUCUAGUCUGGUAGGAGGCCCCAGUGGCCUCUAAAGGAAUUUUGCUCAGGUACCUGAGCUAGACCUGGCCCCAGUGGGUCUGUGGCUGUCUCUUGUCUUCACAGGGAAGUCUCUUUCCUGUGAAAUGCCUCUGACUCCCUGAGGGCCAGGCAGCCUUUGCGGGAGCUCAGUCCUGUGCAGGUCCACAGGUGUCCCCUGGUCCACAUUCCUGGAUCUCCUGAGACUGGAGCUCCACAGGCGAUCAGCACAGCCCCAGGCUUGCCUGGAGUCAGCUGCCGAGGCAUGGCUCCUAGCUAGGUCUUCUCUUGUCCAGAAGCCUGACUGGCCGCUCUGACUACCUCAGCACUCCUCUAAACCUCAGUGUGGGCUAGCGCCGCACCUCACACCCCUGACACAGAGCAAAAGAGCAGUGCUCCUGGCCCCCAAAGCACAGUGAUCCCUAAGCCCAGCCCAAGCCGGGUCUCACUCUUGGCACUUCACCAAUACUGACUCCCUGGCCAGAAACUGGCCAGUUAGGCCCUAGAUGUAAGAUGUUCUUUUAUUACUGUGAAAUUUUAUUUAUGAAGAAUUGGAAGGGGAAGGAGGCGUCUCCAGGCCUUGGGAGGUGUACCUCUCUUCAGUACGCUUUCCCUCAGCAGCCCCAUCUACCGGCUAGCAUCUUUACCACUCGCCCCUGCCUUUCAAGUCCCACUCUGAGCCCUCCCCAACUGACACCCCUACUUUUCUGGGGCCUGCCCAGACUAUUUUCCCCUGUGAAAGAAUGCCACCUCCCACCUCUGCCUGGGGUUACCUGAAAAUGAUGGAGGCAUCUUCUCUAUUUUCUCAAUAAAACUGGACUGGUUGUUGAA